GCCGUAACCUGUAACCCAUGCCAUCUUCUCCCCCGAUGAUACCUUGAACUCUUUAAUUAUCAACUUAACACCUAAAUUCGUACAUAUGAGGUAAGUGAUCUUUCGCUCAUCGAUUAAUGGUCACAUAGCAUGACUAGACCUUCUCACGUCAUCCAUUCCACUGUUUUGUCCAGGAACAACAGUCUUUCAACUCUGGGAACAACGUGAAUCGCUAGCCCUUUGCCCCACGAUCGAGGUUUCCAGCCCGACCUCACAAAGUCAUGUCCCAUUUACUAAAAAUCCUCUUCUUAGCGUGUCGUGGUGUCGAGUAUGCCCUCCGAGAUAUACCAGCAACACUAGGGUUUUCUGGCCUUCUUCUCCCUUUUCUCAUGGCCACUCGUGCAUCUCUGCUUUGUUUGUCCUUGAUCCAAAUGCAUUACACAACACUGCAAAGACUCUCUACUAAAGAGAUCCAGAAGCUUUAUUAUCCAAUCACGUGUAAUUCACUCUGACCUUUUGAAGUAAUGUUUUGUCAUUUGAAGCCACCUAUUGAUAGAUAGAUGGCUUUUCGCCUACGCUGUUC